GAGGGCUAUAAAUCAGCCCGGAGCUCAGGAGCUGGGCAACGCUGCCCAGAGCCGUGCACAAGGAAGCGAGGAGGCGGGCGGGCGCGGGCGGGCGGCAGCAUGUCGAUGGGCCUGGAGAUCGGUGGCGUGGCGCUGUCCUUCCUGGGCUGGGUGGGCACCGUCCUGUGCUGCGGGCUGCCCAUGUGGCGGGUGACGGCCUUCAUCGGCUACAACAUCGUCACGGCGCAGUUCACCUGGGAGGGGCUGUGGAUGAACUGCGUGGUCCAGAGCACCGGGCAGAUGCAGUGCAAGGUCUACGACUCCAUGCUGGCCCUGCCGCAGGACCUGCAGGCCGCCCGGGCCCUGGUGGUCAUCGCCAUCGUCCUGGGGGCCCUGGGGGUCCUCGUCUUCCUGAUGGGGGCACAGUGCACGCGCUGCAUCGAGGAGGAGCCCACCAAGUCCAAGGUCACCAUCGUCUCCGGGGUCGUCUUCCUGGUGGCCGGCUUCAUGACCCUCAUCCCCGUCUCCUGGUCGGCCAACCAGAUCAUCCGCGACUUCUACAACACGGCCGUGCCCCAGGCGCUGAAAAGGGAGCUGGGGGCCGCGCUCUACAUCGGCUGGGCCGCCGCAGCCCUCCUCCUCUUCGGCGGGUCCUUGCUCUGCUGCUCCUGCCCCCCCAAGGAGGCCAAGUACAGACCGGCCAACACCAUCUACUCGGCACCCAAGUCCACCAUGGCCAGCUAUGACAAGAAAAACUACGUCUGAACUGGGAGCGGGCGGACCUCGGUGUGCCCGCUGGGACACGCGUGACUCUGCCUUCGCAAAGGCACGGACUGCCCCCACGGUGUGUCCGCAGAGGGGCUCGCAGGCAGCGGCAACAAGAACUGCAGACGCACCCUGAGCCGACAGGAACCGGGCUUGUGUACGGCCCUGGACAAGGCUCCACCCCACACAGCUAAGGGGGAAAGGGGCUCCGCCAGCGCCAUUUUCCUGUCUGUCCCAUGCGUAACGCUGGCGCUCGAACUGAGGUACCCCCUGCCUCCGGGACCCUGCUGCUGAGCCCGGCCUCACCGCCCGCGCAUCAUCCC